CCAAAAUAUCGGCCAUACAAUUCAGGAAUGCCGGAAAAAGGCAUAUCAAGAACGUAUCAAGAGCCAGAGACUCCAACAGACUCCUCAAGUGCAACAGGAUACAUCAAAGUAAAGAUACUAGAAACAGAAUCUAUAUUCCACAUCAUUGAGGAACUGCCAAUCGAACAAGAUGGAAUUUUGGGCACAGAAUACUUUAAAAGCAGUGGAGCCAGCAUCAAUUACGCCAAGUCUAUACUAAUCAUAAAUAACAAUAUAAUACCAUUCAAACAACCAGCAGUAAUAAUACCAUCCAGGACAAAAACCAUGAUACCUAUAAGAGUAUCAAACACUGAAAUUAAAGCUGGUUUUGUCCCAAAAUUACAGCUUCACCCACAACUAUAUAUGGGAAACGCUGUAGUUACUAAUCGAGAUGGUAUAGCAUUUCUGUAUGCGAUCAACGUUGGAGCAGAGGACAUUGAAAUCGAAAUGCCAACAGUUGAAUUGCAACAAUACGAAGAGGCACCACAGAUGAAGAAACAGCUCACCAACAACCUAAACGAGCCCAGCAAAUCCUAG